AUGCUAUAUAUUAAGCCUUCCUGGCUCGGUCAUUUUGGAUUAGAUGAGCGAAAUGAAGCAAAAGCUAUUUUUUCGGUUCAUAUUUCGCCUGACGGCUCUAGACUUGCAUCAGGAGGAUUUGGUGGGGGUUCUGUAAAAGAAUUGUGCGAAAAUCCUAAUUUUCUAGACUCAAAAGUGAAGAUAUGGUCAACUAAAGCAAUUCUUGAGGAAGAUAGCAAUGAACCGAAGCAAUUGUGUUCAAUGAGUAUUCAUACUGGUGUUGUUACAACAGUAAGAUUUUCGCCAAAUGGAAAAUAUUUGGCAUCCGGAAGCGAUGAUAGAAUUAUUAUUAUAUGGCAGAUUGAUUCGCAGGGACACAGUGUUGGAAAAAUGUUUGGAAGUAAUGAGACUAAUGUAGAGAAUUGGAGAAGUUUUAGGCGUUUAAUAGGGCAUGAUAAUGAUAUUCAAGAUUUAGCAUGGAUUCACGACAAUUCUAUUUUGGUAAGUGUUGGUUUGGAUAGCGCUAUUAUUGUUUGGCAUGGAUCUACAUUUGAAAAAUUGAAAAAAAUAGAUGCUCAUCAAAGUCAUGUUAAAGGAAUUACAUUUGAUCCAGUUGGAAAAUAUUUUGCAACAGAAAGCGAUGAUAGAACUAUAAAAAUAUGGCGUACUUCAGAUUAUUGUCUUGAAAAAACUGUAUCUAAACCUUUUAAAAAUUCACCAUCUACAACUUAUUUUAGAAGACCAUCGUGGUCACCAGAUGGGUUACAUAUUGCUGGAGCAAAUGCAAUGAAUGGACCAGUAAGUAGUGUUGCUGUUAUUGAACGUGGGACUUGGACAAGCCUUAUUAAUCUUAUUGGCCAUGAAGGUGCAGUAGAAGUAACAUCCUUCAAUCCUAUUAUUUUCCGAAUUCCCAAUACAAAUAAGGAGGAUAAUAAAAUCAUGACAAUUAUUGCAUGCGCUGGACAGGAUAGGACAUUAAGUAUUUGGAAUACGAUGAAUCCUCGUCCUAUUCUUGUUACCCAAGAAAUUGCAGAAAAAAGUAUUGGUGAUCUUUGUUGGUCACCUGAUGGAUUAUGUUUAUUUCUUUGUUCAUAUGAUGGAAGCAUUGUAGCUUGUUUAUUUGAUAAAGACGAAUUUGGAGAGCCAUUGACGGCAACAGAAACAGAAAAAUUGUUAUCUAAAUAUGGCCAUGGACGUCAUGGAGCAGUUCUUCCAGAAUCAACUGCUCAAUUAGAACUUGAAAUAAAAACAAACGAAGCAGAAGCAAAUGCUCAUGUUAAAAGGAUGGAAGACUUAAUGGGUGGAAUUGAACCUGUAAAAGUGGUUUGUACUUCUAAUGAAUCAAAAUCUGAAAUUUCAAAUAAAGAGAUAGAAUCUAUAACAUACACAGAAAAACAUCAAACAACACCGACUUCUAAAGAAUCUCAAAUUAAUACUACAUUAUCAUCUACAUCUUUAAACAAUAUAGAUAAACCUAUACAGCAAAAAGUUUCAAUUACAAAAGAUGGGAAAAAGCGUGUAACACCACAGCUUCUUUCUAGUUUGUCUGACGCUCCUAUUGCAAAUCCUUUAUCUGAGUCACUUUUACAAACAUCUCCUGAAAAAGAAAAGCCUAGCCAAACAUUAGAUUUAUCUAGUCCUUCUUAUGCUCUUCCAAAGGGUGGUAUUCGUUCAUUAAUAAUAGGAAACAAAAGAAAAAAUCACCCAGAAGAAAGUGAAGAACAACAUACAUCUCAAAAGAAAGGAAAAAUGAAACAAACAAAUGAUCAGACAAAAAUAGAUGUGCCUGAAUUUAUCAGGCCUGCUGUUAUUUGUCCAUCUACCAGUGUUUCACAAAUUCGUCUUGGAGUACCUAAAGUCAUUUCAUUCCUCUCAAUGGCUGUUAAUAUUACCAAUAACACUUUAGAUGUUCGAAAUGGUACUGGAGAGCGUAAACCAACAAGAAUAACUGUCUCAAAAAAAGGAAAUAUUUUGUGGACAGAGUUUUUACCUAAGGCUGUUCUUUUGUUAGCAGGAAAUACACUUUUUUGGGCAGUAGGAUGUGAAGAUGGUACUAUUAUUGUAUGGUCGCCUUAUGGUAGAAGAUUAUUUCCAUCUAUUGUAUUGGAAUCAUCUCCCUGUUUUCUUGAAUGUCAAGGUCCAUUUCUCAUGUGUAUUACAUCUAUAGGAUUGCUGCAUGUCUGGAACAUUGUACAUGAAUCAUCGCCUCAUCCUCCAGUUUCUUUAGCUCCUAUCCUCGAUGCGUCUGUUCUCCAGUCUUCCGAAUUAAAGAGUGCACCAUCCAUUGUUUCUGCUUCAAUAAAUUCGCUAGGACAAGUGAUUAUUACACUUUCAGAUGGUGAUGGGUUUACAUACAAUGCAGCUAUGUAUUCGUGGUUAAGAAUAAGUGAAUCAUGGUGGGCAGUAGGCAGUCAAUAUUGGGAUUCAAGUGGCUUUAAAGGAGCAACUGGAAAGUCAGGAAUCAUUGCCAUGCUUGAAAGAAGAACAGAUGAUGAAAUAAUGAAAUUAGGACGUGGGAGAUUUUUGCAAAAAAUUGUUAAAAGUGCAAUGCUUUUAGAAGGUUAUGAAGGCUUUGAGACAAGUGUGAGUAUUAGUCAUUUAGAAAAUCGUCUUUCAUCAGCAGCAAUACUUCAUUCACCAGAUGAAUAUAAAGCCAUUUUAAAUGUAUAUACUCGAAAAAUUGCAGAGGAAAAUAUGAAAGACAAGUUAGAGGAACUUUGUAUGUAUUUACUAGGACCUAUAUUAGAUGACUCUUAUAUUACUUGGAAACCUAAAGUUGCAGGACUAGACAAAAGAGAAUUAUUAAAAGAAAUUUUGAUAACAAUAGGCAAACAACGUGAAGUCCAAAGAAUAACCACUAAAUACAUUGAAGCCCUUCAAGAACUUGAUAAAUCUACGGACAUAUCUACUUCGUGA